GAAUCAAAAAAACAGAAACAGGCAAUGGGAAACAAACAAACUAUUUUUACUGCCGAACAGCUUGAUACCUACCAAGUAAGUGUAUAGCAUUUAGCAACUGAAAUAAGGUUAGCAAGAAGAAUGUAUGCUAUAUCCAGGUCUGUAGGCCUUUGUCUACUUUGGGGAAUGUUUCAUUUAUUUUAUUAUAAUCCAUUUAAUGUUUAAUGAAGUUUCAUUGUAUGUACAUAAAACAUGUUAUAAAAGAAGCUCUUUCUAGGAAUAAACUUGUUUUUUGUUUUCUUUUUUUGUUUUUGUUGUUUUUUUUAAUUGUUAAUACAGGAUUGAGUUGAUGUAAUAUUAAUUUUGGUCUGAAGUAUUUUUGGGGGCAAUUGCAAACUACAUUCUGUAAAUUCUUUAUAUCCCACAAUAAUUAUAAACCUGCUGUGCGUAGUGUCAGUCAAAUUUAUUUAUAAACUAUUUUACCAGUUAAGAUACAUUGAGAUUUCUCUCAUUUUCAAGUAUGUCCUGGGUCCACAAAAAAUUGCAUUGAUACAUUAUGGUACAAUAAAAUACAAAACAAUAUUAAUACACAAUAUAUAAAAAAUUUAACAUAGAACAGGUAGGACAUGUAUAAUCAACCAUGACACAUGCUUUCUGUUUUGAGGUAUGUAGAGAGGGAUCUCUUAAAGGACUUUAGGGUUGGGGAAGAUUUUAAAGUGUGCGGGAGGUCGUUCCACAAUUGCGGCGCUCUGUAGAAGAAGAAGGAGCGGGCUGCUUUCUUUUUGUAUUGAGGUAGACUAAAUAAAGUGCUGGUACUGGAUCAGAGGUUAUAGGAGGUGGGAACAGCCGAGGAGAGCAUUUUGCUCAGGUACGGCGGGAGUUUCCCAGAAAAGCUCUUAAACACGAGGCUGGAAAGAUGGAGGGUGCGUCUGGAUUCCAGCGACAGCCAGUUUAGUUCUUUUAGCAUGUCUCAAUGGUGGGUCCUGUAAUGACAUUGUAGCAAAAAUCGGCAGAACGAGUUAUACAAUGUAUUGCAUUUAUUAAUGUGGGAUUGCGGUGCAGAUGCAUGUACUACAUCGCUGUAAUCAAUGACUGGCAUCAGCAUACAAUCUAUCAAUCUAUCUAAAUAUUUAACAUCUCUUUUUCUUUAAUAGUAUCUAUCUAUCUAUCUAGCAAUCAGUAUCUAUCUAAAUAUCUAACAUAAUUGUUUAUCAGUAUGUAUCUAUGUAUGUAUGUAUCUAUCUAUCUCUAUCUAAAUAUUUAAAAAAUCUCGAUUUCUCUAACAGUAUCUAUCUAUCCCUGCUGAUUUUGAACGUUUGCUCACUGACAAAGAAAUUAUCAGUCUAUAAUUUUAAUGGUAGGUGUUUUUUAACAGUGAGAGACAACAUAACAAACAAACAAAAACAAAUCCAGAAAAACACAUGUCAAAGUUAUAAAUUUAUUUGCAUGUUAAUGAGUGAAAUAAGUAUUUGAUCCCCUAUCAAUCAGCAAGAUUUCUGGCUCCCAGGUGUCUUUUAUACAGGUAACGAGCGGAGGUUAGGAGCACUCUCUUAAAGGGAGUUCUCCUAAUCUCAGCUCGUUACCUGUAUAAAAGACAACUGUCCACAGAAGCUAUCAAUCAGAUUCCAAACUCUUAAAGACAAAUGAGGAUGGUUAAAUAUAUGGAGAGAAACCAACCCCACAAGAGAUACCUCAAGGUAAAAUUCAAUAUAGGGUAAUAAACUUUAUUGAUUCUAGACUUUACAGAUUUACAGAUUUCAAACUCUCCACCAUGGCCAAGUCCAAAGAGCUGUCAAGGCUGUCAGGGACAAGAUUGUAGACCUACACAAGGCUGAAAUCGGCUACAAGGUGACAACAGUUGAUUAUUUGUAAAUGGAAGAAACACAAAAUAACGGUCAGUCUCCCUAGGUCUGGUGCUCCAUGCAAGAUCUCACCUCAUGGAGUUUCAAUGAUCUAGAGAACGGUGAGGAAUCAGCCCAAAACUACACGGUAUCUCAAGGCAAUGACCCAAAACACACAGCCAAGGCAACAAAGGAGUGGCUUGAAAAGAAGCACAUUAAGGUCCUAGAGUGGCUUUGCCAGUCUCCAGACCUUUAUCCCAUAGAAAUUCUGUACAGGGAGCUGAAGGUUCAAAUUGCCAAACGUCAGCCUCGAAACCUUAAUGACUUGGAGAGGAUCUGCAAAGAGGAGUGGGACAAAAUCCCUCCUCAGAUGUGUGCAAACCUGGUGGUCAAGUAUAAGAAACAUCUGACCUCUGUGAUUGCCAACAAGGGUUUUGCCACCAAGUACUAAGUCGAAGGGGUCAAAUACUUACUUCACUCAUUGACAUGCAAAUCAAUUUAUAACCUUUUUGAUAUUUUUUUUUGUUAUUCUGUCUCACUGUUAAAAUUCACCUACCAUUGACAUUAUAGACUGAUCAUUUCUUUGUCAGUGGGCAAAUGUACAAAAUCAGCAGGGGAUCAAAUACUUUUUUCCCCUCACUGUAUCUGUCUGUCUAUCAAUCAAUCAGUAUCUCUCUACCUAUCUAAUAUAUCAGUAUCUAUCUAAAUAUCUAAAAACAUUGUUUUUCUAACAGUAUCUAUCUAUCUAAACAGUAUCUAUCACUUUCAAUCUAAUUAUCUAAUAGCAUCUCUCUUUCUAGCUAUAUCUAUCUAGCUAAAUAUCUAACAUCUCUUUUUCUCUAACAGUAUCUAUCUAUCUGUCUGUCUGUCUAUCAAUCAGUAUCUCUCUACCUAUCUAAUAUAUCAAUAUCUAUCUAAAUAUCUAACAACAUCAUUGUCUUUCUAUCAGUAUUUAUCUAUCUAUCUAGUUAGCUAGCUAAGCUAGAAUAUGGGAAAUGAAUAGCAAAAGAAUGCAAAACCAACCCCCAAUUUUUUUUCAAGUACAUAAAUUCUAAAAAAAACAAAAAAUUAAAGUGUAGGUACACUGGAAACAGAGAUGGGUCUGUUAGCCAAUGAAGACCAGGAAAAGGCAGACAUUUUAAAUAACUAUUUUUCUUCAGUAUAUAUUAAUGAGGAUCCUAUGGCAAGAGAUUGCUGCAAAAAACUUGCAGAUAACUUGUGAUUGGAUGACUCGAGACAAGGUGCUACAGCAGUUAAAGAAAAUUAAUGUAAAUAAAGCUCCGGGGCCUGACGGUAUUCACCCACAAGUACUUAAGGAGCUAAGUGGGGAAAGUUUCAGGUAUUGUACUGGAGGAUUGGAGGAAGGCAGAUGUUCCUAUAUUUAAAAAGGGUUCAAAAUCCUUACCUGGACAUUAGAGACCUGUGACUGGGAAAAUAUUUAAAGGGCUAGUAAGGGAUAAUAUUCAGGAAUUCAUUGGGAAGAACUUUGUUAUUAGCAAUAAUCAACAUGGUUUUAUGAAACAUAGGUCAUGUCAGAUUAACCUAAUUGUAUUCUAUGAAUAAAUAAGUAGAAUUAUGGAUCAGUUGUUGCAGUGGAUGUGAUCUACUUGGAUUUUGCAAAGUCAUUUGAUACGGUUCCUCACAAUAGGUUAGUCUUCAAACUAAAAGAAAUUGGUCUAGAUGAAUAUUCUUGUUCUUGGGUAGAACAUUGGCUUAAGAAUAGAGUACAAUGAGUUGCCAUUAAUGGUAAAUUUUCAGGCAGGACAAAAGUGGUAAGUGGUGUCCCUUAGGGUUCUGUUUUGGGACCGCUUCUAUUUAAUAUAUUUAUAAAUGAUCUUGAAAUAGGCAUUGAAAGCCAUGUUUCAGUGUUUGCAUAUGACACAAAACUUUGUAAAGUAAUAACUUUUUUAACAGUAAGAACAAUAAGGAUAUGGAAUUCUCUGCCUGAAGAGGUGGUUUUAUCAGAGUCCAUACAGAUGCUUAACCCCUUAAGGACACAUGACAUGUGUGACAUGUCAUAAUUCCUUUUUAUUCCAGAAGUUUGGUCCUUAAGGGGUUAAACUGCAAUUGGAUAAAUACUUGCAAAAACAUAAAAUACAGGGAUAUAAUUUCUAAUUAGGGGGGUAAUAGCUGCUUGAUCCAAGGAGACAUCUGACUGCUAUUUUGGGGUAAAGAGGGAAUUUUUUCCUAGUUUGUUGCAAAAUUGGAAGCGCUUCAGACUGGGUUUUUUGCCUUCUUAAGGAUCAACAGCAAAACAUAUGUGAGGAUGGCUGAACUUGAUGGAUGCAAGUCUCUUUUCAGCUAUGUAACUAUAUCUAUAUAUCUCUAUUUCUCUAACAGUAUGCAUGUAUGUAUGUUUCUAUGUUUCUGUCUGUCUGUCUGUCUAUCUAUCUCUACCGAAGGUGGCAAAAUAUAUGAAUAUGUUUUACAUGAACGGUUCUGUUUUAUCUCUCAGAUGCAUCACAGAACAUCAUCGGGGAUCUUUUAUAGGUCCUAAUAUCUUGGAAACAAUCAUAAAAUUAUUUUUUUCAAAUAGAAUGUAUUUGAUUUUUCUGCAGCCUGGGUGCAGUCUUUUGUGUUUUUUUUUCUCCUUUUUCUGCCAACAAAGCUUUGCACCAAAGCAACCUGUUGAAUGUAAAAAUGAUUUAUGCCUUGAAUGUGAUAUUUAAAAAACAAACAAACACAUUUUAUUUUCAUAUGUUAACAGGAUUGUACCUUCUUUACAAGAAAAGAAAUACUCAGGUAAGUAAAAAUAGCAUUACUUUACAGGAACAUAACUAUGCUCUAAAUCGUUCUUCGUGCAAGCAAUUGUAUUGAAUAUUUGAAAUAAUGUAGCAGGCCUCCCAAAUUCCCUAUUUCAGAGUCCUGUACCUCCGUCCCCUCGUGGCCUUGAUUUUAUAUUAUUGGCAAACCCCAGUCAAGCAUUAUUGACUGGUUUUGCCCAAUAUUUUUUAACAAAUGUUGACUAAAUUUUUAAUGCCAGCUGAAAUUCUUGCAGCUGAACUGAUAAACAGGUUGUCUGCUCGAGAUAAAAUCUUCGAGCCAGGCAGCCAGGUUUGCAAUUUAUGUCACUGGCCUGCCCUAUUUAUCUCGUCCAUUAGUAUUAUGCAUCACAGGAACAUGAUGUCGGGGGGUGUUAUGUAGAAGCACCGGUUUUACUCACUGAUCAUUCACUCAAAAAAAAAAUCUGCUCCGGGUUGCUUAAUGUCAAUUCUGUACUUUACAUCUGUUGUUGUUUUUUUAAAUUAUUUCCAUUUUCUGUCAUUUUAAUUUACAUUCUGUGCUAUAUAAAUUAGUUAACUCUUGAACACUUGAAGUGACGUAUACAUUGCGCAUUUGAUUCCCAUUGAGAACCCUGUCCAUCCUUCUGUACACAAGGUUUGUGCAUUAGUGUUUGGGACUGUAUUAUUUAUUUCAGGAGGGACGAGUGAAGUGUGUGUAUUUUUUAUUACUUCUAUAAUGAUACUCAAGUUGAACAUUAUUAUAUGACUGUGACACUAGUUAGUUUGCCAUUUAAUAUUUUUAAUUGGUAAUAAUAAUAUGUACAAAAGUGUGGGUAUCAGUGGUGUAUUUAGAAUUUGUGCUGCCCUUGGCAGGACAGGGCUCGGGCACCCCCCCUAAUUAAAAUUUUCCCCACCCCUUCCUGUCAAGGUCGCACUUUGACUGACAGACGCACACUCACUGAUAGAUGCAUACACUUGACAGACAAACACUCUCAUAUACACUGACAAACAAUGACAUACACACACACACACUCACUGAUUUGACACACUGAUAGAUAGACACACACUAUUACUGGGACACACACUGAGAGACUCACACUCACGGACGACACAUGCACUCACUGACCGACACACGCACGGACAGACGCAUGCACAGACAGACGCACGCACGAACAGACGCACGCACUCACUGACCGACACACACACACUCACUGACCGACACGCACACACAUUCACUGACCGACACUCACACACAUUCACUUAGACACACACACUUACACACACACACGCACACAUUCACUCACAGACACACACAGACCUUCACUUAGACACACACACGGAAACACGGUCACGGGGAGGCAGGGGGAUGAGUAGGCGUCGAGGGAACUUUAAUCUCCCUGCUCCACUCCCUUGCGCGCCACUUAGUGAUGCCGGGAGCUGAGCAGGAGGAGCUCAGGUGAGCAUGCUCCCUCGCUGCCCACCCCUUGAGGGGGUUCAAAAGUGGCCAGGCAGCCAGUUCUUGAGCCCCCCAGGACACGAGGCAAACAAGGGAUCUGCCAGGCCAUUUGGGGGCAUUUUGCCGCCCCCUGCAAAGUGACGCCCAAGGCAGAUGCCUUGUUUGCCUCGUGUAAGAUCAGAAUUCCUUCAUGCUUGCUCCCCCAUGAUGCAAUAGGCAUACUUUACAAAUGCCAGGAGGCAAGUGUGAAUUGUCAAAAAUUUAAAGUUUGAAUUUCAAAUGUGUGGGCUGAAAUAGCUGAAUUGAAAAAAAAAAAUCCCUAGAAUUUCUAGAACUAUUUAAAUGUACUUUACUACUUUUAGACCUAAAACCACCGAGUUUCUACUUAUCAACUAGUAGCUUCAUUAUAGUUAUAUGACAUAACUUGCCUUUGAUUGCCAUUAAAGCUAACUUGGGAUGAAGAGGUACCUCUAUUAUUUAAAAUAUGCAAGUGACCUGUUUAUGAGUUGGAUACCAAUUGAUUAAAAUUGACUUGAUGAGUUACCUGCCUGUCACUGAAUUUGUUUAUCACAACAGGUACUCAGAAAUGUUCUUCUACCCUCAUAACCCACAUAAAUAAUGCAAUGUCAGAAAAUAUUUCACCUCUGUUAUAAUAACAAUUUUGACCAUACAAGGGAUUUUAGUUUGGGUACAUAUAUGUCUAAAAAGGGUUAUUUACAGAUAAUUUUCAACAUAUAUUUUUAAACUAGAAGGAAAUUCCAUUUUGGUGUCCCCUCAGGGGGUACAAUUAUUAUAUUUUUCUGUCUAGCGUAACUACAAGCGUAGCUGACUUUGAAAUUUUUUCCAGUUCGGCUAUUUUAAACUUAAAUUUGAUAUUCAGGUUGAAUUCUUACUUUCGUGAGUCACCCUGUUAGGGUUUCCUAGAGCAAAAAAUUACAUAACUAAUAGCACCAGACGGCAAUGCAUCUUGUCCCACUUGUUAUAAGACCUGUUCCUUGAGCACUUGGUCAUAGCAAUCCAUUUGCACUCAGACAUUGCUGGCUGUUUUAGUAAGUGGGACAUGCAAUAAAUUAAGAGAUGUUAAAAGGUGACAUAUUAGUGAGUAUGACCAAACCCCUUGUUUAUCUGCGUAACCAGAAAGAACUCCUUAAGUAUGGCUGCAUCUCUUAACAUAAUAUUGUUAACCUUAACAUUGCGUCUUACCCAGGGGUCAAGUCCUGGGGAAAAAAGUGUGGGAACUCACCCAAGAUUCCUGCCCCACCCCAAAAAAAAAUCAUUUACACUCCUAUGCAUAUAGUGCAGUGCAGGGUGUGUAUAAUGAUGUAGUGUGUUUGUAGUGAAUGCAGAGUGUGUAUAAUGAAUGUAGUGUGUUUGUAGUGAGUGCAGAGUAUGAAUAAUGAAUGAGGUGUGUUUGUAGUGAAUGCAGAGUGUGUAUAAUGAAUGUAGUGUGUUUGUAGUGAGUGCAGUGUGAAUAAUAAAUGUACUGUGUUUGUAGUGAAUGCAGAGUGUGUAUAAUGAAUGUAGUGUGUGCAUAAUGAAUGCAGAGUGUGUAUAGUGAAUGUAGUGACUGCAAAGUGUGUAUAGUGAAUGUAGUGAGUGCAGAGUGUGUAUAGUGAAUGUAGUGUGUUUGUAGUGAGUGCAGAGUGUGUAUAAUGAAUGCAGUGUGUGUAGUGAGUGCAGAGUGUGUAUAAUGAAUGUAGUGUGUUUGUAGUAAUUGCAGAUUGUGUAUAAUGAAUGCAGUGUGUAUAAUGAAUGUAGUGUGUUUGUAGUGAGUGCAGUGUGUAUAAUAAAUGUAGUGUGUUUGUAGUGAGUGCAGAGUGUGUAUAGUGAAUGUAGUGAGUGCAGUGUGUAUAGUGAAUGUAGUGUGUUUGUAGUGAGUGCAGAUUGUGUAUAAUGAAUGCAGUGUGUGUAGUGAAUGUAGUGUGUUUGUAGUGAGUACAGAUUGUGUAUAGUGAAUGUAGUGAGUGCAGAGUGUGUAUAGUGAAUGCAGUGUGUGUAGUGAGUGCAGAGUGCAGGGCUGAGUGAGUGCAGAGUGUCAUGGGCCUGACGGUCCUGGGGGCCCGGACUGCUCAUUUGUGCACAUAUAGAUAGUGAUUAUAGCUAUCUAUAUGUUCACCUGCGGGGGCAGACUCGGGGGCGGGUCCAGGGGGCCCACACUUUGAACUGUGUCAGGGGCCCCAAAAUUUCUGAUGGCAGCCUUGGCAGAGUGUGUACAAUUAAUGCAGUGUGUGCAUAAUGAAUGCAGAGUGUGUAUAGUGAAUGUAGUGAGUGCAAAGUGUGUAUAGUGAAUGUAGUGUGUUUGUAGUGAGUGCAGAGUGUGUAUAAUGAAUGCAGUGUGUGUAGUGAGUGCAGAGUGUGUAUAAUGAAUGUAGUGUGUUUGUAGUAAGUGCAGAUUGUGUGUAAUGAAUGCAGUGUGUGUGUGCUGGAAGAUGCGUGUGUGCUGGAAGAUGUGUGUGUGUGUGUGUGCUGGAAAAUGUGUGUGUGCUGGAUGAUGUGUGUGUGCUGGAUGAUGUGUGCGUGUGCUGGAUGAUGUGUGCGUGUGCUGGAUGAUAGGAGGGGAAGCAUUUUUUUUUUAAAUUUAUGUGUUUAUAUAUAUAUUUUUUUAUUCCCCCUUCCCUGCUUCUUACCUUGCCAGGGAGGGGGGAGAUCGCCUGGUGGUCCGGUGGUAUGGUGGAGAGAGCCAGCCGGUGCACACGGGGGUCCAACACACUCUGUGUUCCCUCUCCCGGCCCUUUGUAUAUCUCAUUCUUCAUACCACAACCUUUGUGUUUCUCUUAGUUCCUCAUCAGCCCCUUUGUGUGUCUCUUUUCUCCUCACAGCCCUUUUGUGUCUCUUUCUUCCCCCCAGCCCCUCUGUGUGUCUCUUUCUUUCCCCCAGCCACUUUCUGUGUCUCUUUCUCCCACCACGAGCCCCUUUGCCUGGCUUUUUCCUCCCAAACACAACAGACAUAGAUAUACAGGUACAAAUACAUACAUGCAUAAAGGCACAACCAUACAGGCACAUAGUCAUAAAAGGUACACAAACAAACACAGUCAUACAAGCAACCAGUCAUGCACAGACAGUCAUACAGAGACACACAGACGGUCAUACAGAGACACGCAGACAGUCAUACAGAGACAUGAAGACACAGGCAUACAGAGACAUGAAGACACAGUCAUACAGUGACAUAAAGAUAAAGUCAUACAGAACAAGGCAUACAGACACAGUUAGACAGAGAAAUAUGGACACAGUCAUACAGAGAUUUACACACAGUCAUACAGAGACAAACAGACGAAAGUCAUACAGAGACAUACAUAAACAGACAUAUACUGCUAGUGAUGAGAGGAGGAGAGGGAUGGCUGCUAGUGAUAGGGGGAGAUAAGGGAUGGCUGCUAGGGAUGGGAGGGAGAGAGGGGGAUGGCUGCAUGUGAUGGGAGGGAGAGAGGAUGAUAGCUGCUAGUAACAGAGAGAGGAGGAUUGCUGUUUGUGAUAGGGGUGAGAGUAAUGGUGGGUAGUGAUGGGGAGAAUGUGUGGCUGCUAGUGAUGGGGGAGAAGGGGAUGGCUGCUAGUGAUAGGGGUGAGUGAAGGAUGGCUGCUAGUGAUGGGGAGAUUGGAUGGCUGCUAGUGAUGGGGGAGAAGGGGAUGGCUGCUAGUGAUAGGGGUGAGUGAAGGAUGGCUGCUAGUGAUGGGGAGAUUGGAUGGCUGCUAGUGAUGGGGGAGAAGGGGAUGGCUGCUAGUGAUAGGGGUGAGUGAAGGAUGGCUGCUAGUGAUGGGGAGAUUGGAUGGCUGCUAGUGAUGGGGGGAGUGGAAGCAUCAGAAGAAUAGAAGUGAGGUGGCACUGUUGGACCAAUAAAACACAGAGCUCCACAUGAACUAUAAGAUUUAGCUCUGUGGAGCUCUGUGCUAGAUACAUAAUUAUAUCAUGAAAAAAAUAAAUAAAACAUGGCUGCUUACCAUUGGUGGUGUAAGUAGCUGAAAAGAGAUGUUCUUAGCUCUCCCUGCUCGGUAAUCCUCUAGCAGGGUCUGACAGGAAGUGAUGUAAAAUGCCCCGCCCACUGCAGUCUUCACUCCUCAGUAAACUACCGCGGGGGAGAGUAGUGUGAGAGGCACAUCUCCUGCAUCGUGACAGCCAUUAUACCACCAACAGCAGACAGUGCAUUGUGGGCGGCAGUAUGCUGGGGACUGGGAGAAAUGAGGCAGCACAGCGACAUUGCUCCCCCUGUGAACACCUGUCCUGCAGGAUCACUAGCGGGAACGGCGUUCCUGCUUUGGAAAAAGUGCAGGAACGCCGUUCCCAUGCGUUCCUGCAGGACUCGAGCCCUGGUCUUACCAACAUUUUUUUAUAUCUAUCUCUUUCAAAUACAAUUGUUGAUUCUAUCAACUAUCAAAAGAGAUAUCAACAUAUGUUGAUUCAUUGCAAUGUAUGCCUUGAGGCAAUAUUUUUGGAUAACCCUUUCAAAUGAUUUAAUAUUUAUGGAUAAACUUUUAAAAUAUUUUUUUUCUAAAUAUUUAAAGAAAAAAUAGAUCAUAAGAAAAUGAUAUAUAUAUAUAUAUCAGUUUAAAAAUUCAUUGAAAAACAAAAAUAUUAAAUUGCUGCCUCCAUUUUAGUUCUUCUCUCCUUUAAUGCUAUUUCCUGUGUGAUCCAAAAAAUCCAAAUCGUACUUGCACUCAUUCAAAACAAAAGGUGCAGGUAUCUGGGUCACCUCUAAAGAACCUAAAUCACAAAAUACAAAUCAACCAAAUGAUACCGCACUCAAGAAAUAAAGUGUAUAUGAAUGUACAUUUAUUGCCACAACUUAAUAAAAUUGGAAAAAGUACUUGUAACGGAACUCCCCGUACUCCGACUGAGUACCUUCCGUUGAUGGACGCUUCCUAGCCUGCGCCGAGGAUCACAAGCACCGCACUGGACACCACAACCACCGCAGACUCCACAACCACCUUAGCUUAACUGGAGUCUCAACGUCUUCUGUCCACCCUGGAUCAAACCGUUUGGGGAAGACCUCUCCUCCAGGAGAGCGUAUCAGGAACAAGCUCUUAAAAGAGCUAAGUGAUUAAAGCUCAAGGGAGUAUGCAAAGCAUAGCAAUCCCCAGUGUGAUUAUAGCAGUUCCCUCCAAUAACGAGACGAGGCUACGUUUUGAAGGGUAAAGAAGAACUGAAGCUUUUAAUCAAACACUCUGCUUUUGUGCACAUUUUACACACAUAGUACUGCCCACAGGGUUUUGCAGAACAACCAAUCAAUACGUACAAUACACUCAGAUACUCCCACACAAAAUCCUACCCUCUGCCUGUGAUAUAAUUACUGAACACAAUGGUCUAACUUAAUUAUCACAGGCAGGAAAAUACACAGUUUUAUACAAUAUUCAUAACUCUAAAAAUAUACAUCACAUUCACAUAAAACGUACAUUUUCAGAAUCAGCAUACUCCAAAUACAAACAUACGUCAAAAUACGUCAUACAAAUUGGUCCAGUGGGUCAAAAGUUAGUUGAAAGUCCCUUUGUGACCAUCUGCAAGCAUGGCUUGGGUGUGGUAAGCCAAUUACCUCUAUCAUACAGAAAAUAACAACAGUAAAAACACAUAAAAAUACAUAAUUCCUAUUAUACUUAACAGAACCCCACAUUCAACCUAUCCCCAGAUAGCUUGGAUAUCCGAACAAAAACAGUCAAAUCGCCAUGGAGUUAAAACAUAGCAAGAGCUGAUGAGAGACCGAGGAGGGGCAAAACAGCAAGUUCCAACUGGUCUGGCAGUGUGCCUGGGAAAACGCCCUGCUGGAACAAUAGACAGGAAACGGGGGAGGGGAAGAGACACAUCUUCCCAUGGAUUCAAAUGGGCAGAAACAGUCUUUUAGAAGCCAAUAAGCCCCAAAUAGUCUUUUUAAAUGGCAAUACACCCCAGGGCCAUAGUCAUGAGGGAGGAGGCUGGCAAUCAGGCUCAUCCAACAGCCAGGGGCAAAGGGCAGUUGGUCAUAUAAAAAUCCAGUGACAAAAGGCAUUUUGUCACAGUACUCAUCUAUCCCGUGUAAAGACACCAAAGGUAUGAUGAUAGUAUUAUUCAAUGGUUUGCCCACCACUAUAAAAGCGUAGAGACAGAGUUUUAAACACUUAAUGUCAGAUCAUCAAAAAAUGUUGUCUACCUAUACACAGCUGAAGUACAAGAAUGGUACAGUGCUUGAUAUACCUAUACAAUCAGUCUAGAGUGCAACACAAAACAAAAUAUAUACAACAUAUAUACAAAAUAUACAAUACUGCCUGCCAAUUAUCUUGUGAUAAGAAUAGGAUACUCUGAGACAAAAAAGGGGGUAUAUAGAUAUAGAUAAAACCAUUGUAGAAUCAUCUUGAAUCAUAUGAAUAUCUUUAUCCUGAGUAUAAAGAUGUAAAUCCCCUGAAAAAAAUAUCAUGGUUUGAUCUCACCACAAGAUAGUCUGGGAGGCCUCCUUAUGAGUUGUAGAUGUAAUGUAGAUUCCUUAAAGUGCAGGAAAAAGGACACAAAGUUUCCAAUAUAUUUGCUCAGUGUAAGUAUCCUUGGGAAAUUUUCUUUGGACCAGCAGUGUAGUGGCCAGGGUAUGGGCAUCCUUGGGUCCCUCUGGGUUAGUUGGGUAGAGGCAAGGCUGCGCGCUUGGGAGUUAAUCCCUUCAAAUGGCCCUGGUGUAAAAACAGAAUAAUCUGUUAUAAAAGCUGAAGUUCCCGCCAUUCAUCUGAUGCGGAACGUCAUGACGUCAUCAUGAUGACGUAAGCAUGUGUAAGGUGGCUGGUAGUUUACAAAUCAGGUAUAAAUCUAUAGCGUCCAACAGCUCCACUAGUCAGUAGUGUACAAAAUAAGUAAUUACAACAUAUUUUAAUCUAAGUAAAAGGAAUAGUACUAUUUGUUCAAUGACUGCAAAAUGCAUUUGUUACUUCAAACACCCAGUUUACAUAUUUCAGACCACAUAUAUAAAUGAAUGCAAAAGUAUACAGAAACUCCAUGAAUACACUGUUAAGAGAAUACCAGAAAUUAUAAUACACAGUACUGACUGACUGGCUGGGAAAAAUAGAAAAAAAAAUAAAAAAAGACGAAAUAAUAAAGUAAAGAGAUGGGAAAAGUAAAAAAUCUUUUGUACUCGUAACAUAUAUUUAACUCUAAGAAUGUAUAUACAAGAUUUCUAAUGGACCAAAAUUAAAUACAUUAAUAUAUACUAAUUAUCAAAAAGGUAUAUUUAUUGCUUACCCACGCAGUAUUUCAUAUACGUGUAAAUUCUGGUGUGGUAUGACGGUUGAAGAUGUUCAAGUAGCGGACCAGAAGUUGGUCAUAUCCGUGGCGUGCCAAAGAACUGAACAAGUGGAGCGGACCAAUAUUGGUCAUUUGGUUGUGAGCUGCAGAAGGGAUAUUAUAAACAAAUAGUCAAAAUAUAAUACCGAGGUUAUUAAAAGUCUAUGGUCACAGGUAUAAACAAUGUUAUUCUGUCGUCCUGUCUAAGAGAACCCCUUCCACAUGAAAUUCAUAGGAAAUGUUUUAAAUCGUAGUCUUCAUUAAGACGCAUAGGGUAUUGGGUCUCAAGAGUACUAAUCCAUUUGGAUUUUCUUUGCAUGAGGAGCCUGUGACCACCCCUUCUGAAUGGAGGGUCCCCAUCUAUUACCUGGUAUCUAAGUUGGUUAAUAUUAUGACCGCAUUGUUUAAAAUGCUGUGGUACUGGUGCCAAACAGUUCCCUGUCUGCAGGGCCACGCUAAUGCUCCUCUUGUGUCCAGCUAUCCAUACCUUCACCGCUCUGGUGGUCUCACCCACAUAGAGAAGUCCAUAUGUGCAUUUCAGAAUAUAUAUUAAAUGGUCGGAAUUACACGUGUAAUAAUCAUCAAUACGGUAUUUUCUUACCAGUAUAUGGGUGCAUAAAAUAUUCCCCCUUGAUAACACUGUUACAGCUUGAACAGCCUAGGCAUGGGAAAGUACCCUUUUUGGGUUCUGAGAAUAAUCUAACUCUUCUUUUUUAAGCUCCCUAUGUCAGAUUUUACUAAGAUAUCUCUUCGAUUCCUCGUUCUCUUGUAGGAAAAGAGAGGAAUAUUAUUAAAUUCCAUGGGUAAAUCCAUAUCAUCUUGGAAAAUAUUCAUAUGUUACAUUGGUAAAAAUUUCCUAUGCGUACAUAAUUAGACCUAUUAGACAAUUGUGCCAAAAUGUAUUUGAUGUAAUAUGAUCUAUCCAUAAUGACUAGCAUUCCCCCCUUAUCCGCUGCUUUUAUGACAAUUGUCUUAUCUGUUUCUAAAUUAUUUAUUAUGGCCCAUUCAUCCUUUGUAAAGUUAGUUUUUUUUAAUAUUAUCUCUUUAAAUAGCCCUUUCUAUGUCUCAAUUUUUUUAUGUCCCUUUUAACCAAAUUGGUAAAAAUUUCUACCGACUGGUUGUUGACCAUAGGUGUGAAUGUGCUCUUUGGCUUCAAACCUGUGGAUAGGGGUAUGGUCAUUGUUGGCCAUUCAGUUGGUGUAUUGUCAGGAGACUGCCGUUGUAUAGGACUGCUCUGUUCUCCAUUGUCUCUAGAAGCUGUAAAGAAAAAGGUUUUUAAUUUAAGUAUACAGAAGAAACGAUAUGAAGAUACAUCAAAUCCUUUUCUUCCUUACUUAGGUUUUUUGCCAGUAGGAUAGUUUUUAUUUACACUCAACUUAAGAUGGGAACGCUAGCCUUUUUUCUGAACCCCAUGGUGCUUUCUAUGUUGUUGCACACUAAAGCUCUGUGUGUUCUUACGGGCAAAUGGAAUCUGGUCUGAUUGGUGAAUUCACAGGACUGAAUUUGGAUCCGAAUGCAGAUUUCACCGGACUGAAUUUGGCGCCUCAUUAUGAUGUAACCAAACAGUCAAAUGAGAUUUUCUAUCACCCAUGAAUCGUAAGGAAUUCUGAUAUGACAUGGGCCAAUUGAAAUUAAGUACUGUCUAUAUAUAUUUACCUCUCCCACUCCAUUUUACCCUGUUGUGGUUCUAGUAGCCUAAGAGCGCGUUCCUUGGGUAUCAUUUUCUGUUAUUUAAUAUUGAUUUGUUAAACAUUUCUCCUGAUCUCUGUACUCUUUUGACCUUGGCUAGUUUAAUCGUAUAUAUGUAUCUCUGCUGUCCUUGACCCUGGCUAUUCUCUCUGAUACUGUCCACCAAUAGUCCGGCCACUCUAAGGACCAGUACAUGGAAAGUCUAUUUGUUGUUACUUAGGUCUGUAUGUUUAGGCUCCUACCUGUUCCACAGCUUACAAUCCACCCAAGUUGACACCAGCCAACACUUUGCAAGGUCUCUUAUGGAAUUAUAUCCAGUACUGGAUGUCAUCCCCUGUCUUACUGAUAUUGAAUUAUGUUAUAAUUAUUUGCAAAGUGCCAACAAAUUCAGCAGAGCUGUACCAUGGAAUAGAGACAGUGAUGUACAGUCAUACCAGUAUUAGAAGAAUGGAAGACCAAUGGUGUAUAUCAUUCUUUCAUUAUAAUAAUGUGCUUUGUAAAGGCAUUUUUGUUGUGGUUUGUAAACCAAGGAUUAUAUGAAAUUGUAUACUCUGUCAAUGCAACACAUGGUGGAUUUGGCUGAAAGAUGACCCCAUGUUACGAGAGGUCAGUCUUUGGUCAUGAACCUUUUAUUGUAAUGCAAGACAAUAUGCUAACAUGUAAAUAUGCAGUCACAGCAAUGCCAGACUGAUGUAAUGAGUGCUUAGACAUGGUGCGGUAUACAUCAACAAAACAUCAACACGCAUGGCGUUUCAAAACAAUAUAAUUCCUUUUCUCAUCUAGUUAUUAAGUUGCAUCUAUUUUGUGUUUUUUUUUUUUUAAUUCUUUAUUAUUUGCUCAGUCCGCAUGCAUGCAACAAAUACUUUAAGCAACUGAUGACAAAACAUAAGUAAAUUGCAGGUCCGAGAUAAUAUACAUCACAGUCAAAGACAUACGGAAUGAGCAUUUUAUAUUUUAGGAACAAGACAGAAAUAGACUAUUAUUUAAAGGACCAAUAUAGGCACCCAGACCACUUCAGCUCAAUAAAGUGGUCUGGGUGCCAGGUCCAUGCAGCUGUAAACAUAGCAGUUUCGGAGACACUGCUAUGUUUACAAUAGGGUUAAUCCAGCCUCUAGUGGCUCUCUCAUUGACUGUGAAAAUCACAGUGAGAAGACGCUGACGUCCAUAGGAAAGCAUUGAGAAAUGCUUUCCUAUGGACUGAUUGAAUGCGCGCGCGGCACUUGUCACGCAUGUGCGUUUGGCAGAUGACGUCGGAAGAGGGAGCCUGGCGCUGGAGAAAGGUAAGCGUUUAACCCCUUUGUCCCCCUUCAGCCCGGCGGGGGGGGUGGGGGGGAACCUGAGAGUGUGGGGCCUAAAGACCCUAUAGAGCCAGGAAAACGAGUUUGUUUUCCUCGCACUAUAGUGGUCCUUUAACUAAGUCUCCAGGGCUGGAGUGAGGAACAUCCGAUACAAUCAAGAGGGGUCUAAUGCCCUUAGGAAGAGGCACCCCCUUCGAUACAGUUGUACAGAACUAACGCACAGACAUGUUUUGGCAUAAGGGGUUAGGGGGUAAUUACAAGCUCUGGUAUAGGACAGGGCAGGGCCGAAUUAACAUAGGGGCUGAUUGAGCAGCAGCUCCAGGCCCAGACCCAGGGAACAGGCCCAGUGAUUUAAAAAAAAAAAAAAAAAUAUAUAUAUAUAUAUAUAUAUAUAUAGUUAAUACAAUGCUAAACAAAAAUCUGCACACCAGUCAAGCCAUAAGACUUGCUUUUCCCACAGAAAUCCCAAAUCAGCAGUGAUGUUACAACCGCAAAGGAUUCUGGGUGGGCAUAUGCAAAUUAGUUUAACAAGGAAUCACAUUUUUGCCUCAUUCCAUUUUAAACAUGGAUUCCUUUUAAUUUGUGUUUGCAGUAUACAACUGCUUGGAACACAACUUAGGAUAAGAUGCAAAACCAGUGAACCACUCAUGGACAGCUGUUUCGUUGUUAAUGCAACUCUUCAGCAUGAGGUUGGUUACUGGUUUGCUUAUUGAGGCUUGGUAGUGCUUGGGAAGCAAAAUCUAAAUAGGUUAUGGUGGGGAAAAAUUGUGAUUGAAAACCCCUUCCACCUGAAGUAUGUGGAUAGUUAAUACAAUGCUAAACAAAAAUCUGCACACCAGUCAAGCCAUAAGACUUGCUUUUCCCACAGAAAUCCCAAAUCAGCAGUGAUGUUACAACCGCAAAGGAUUCUGGGUGGGCAUAUGCAAAUUAGUUUAACAAGGAAUCACAUUUUUGCCUCAUUCCAUUUUAAACAUGGAUUCCUUUUAAUUUGUGUUUGCAGUAUACAACUGCUUGGAACACAACUUAGGAUAAGAUGCAAAACCAGUGAACCACUCAUGGACAGCUGUUUUGUUGUUAAUGCAACUCUUCAGCAUGAGGUUGGUUACUGGUUUGCUUGUUGAGGCUUGGUAGUGCUUGGGAAGCAAAAUCUAAAUAGGUUAUGGUGGGGAAAAAUUGUGAUGAAAAGCAAGUCUUAUGGCUUGACUGGUGUGCAGAUUUUUGUUUAGCAUUGUAUUAACUAUCCACAUACUUCAGGUGGAAGGGGUUUUCAGUCACAAUUUUUCCCCACCAUAACCUAUUUAUAUAUAUAUAUAUAUAUAUAUAUAUAUUUAUUUUUUUUACACACUACUCUUAGGUUUGCCACCUGGCUGGUAUUUAUUUGAGGUUGCCUGGCCGGUGCCGAUAUUGCAGUAAUACCGGCAAUAUAAAUGCCGGUAUUUUUCUCAGUAGGCAUGUGCAUGGGGAAAAUUUUCAGGGGUGGGGGCAAGGAGGAGGACAUUAGGUUCCCCCCCUUAUUAGUAUUUUGGGCCCCCACCCACCGCUCAGGGGUGGGGGCCAGGGGGGAGGACAUUAGGUCCCACCCUUAUUCAAUGUAGGGCCCCCAUCUGCCGCUCAGGGGUGGGGGCCAGGGGGGAGGACAUUAGGCCCCCCCCACUUAUUUUACUGUAGGGCCCCCACCCACCGCUUAGGGAUGGGAGCCAGGGAGGAGGACAUUAGGUUCCCCCCCCCUUAUUAGUAUUUAGGGCCCCCACCCACUGCUCAGGGUUGGGGCCAGGGUGUAGGACAUUAGGUCCCACCCUUAUUUCAAUGUAGGGCCCCCACCUGCCGCUCAGGGGUGGGGGCCGGGGGGAGGACAUUAGUUCCCCCCCUUAUUAGUAUUUAGGGCCCCCACCCACCGCUCAGGGGUGGGGAUGAGUGGGGAGGACAUUAGGUCCCCCCCUUAUUUUACUGUAGGGCCCCCACCCGCCAUUCAGGGGUGGGGGCCGGGGGGGGCAAAAGCUUUUAGGCUAGAAGCCUCCACUUGCGCAGCAUGGGUGGGGGCUCAGGAGGGGGGGACUUUUUUUUAAAAGUGAGCAGCUAAAGGCUGCUCACUGCUUAAUAGACAUGCCCCUACUCGCAGUAUAGCGCGUUGGGGCAUAAUUUACUAAUACUAAGUAACAUUUACUUAGUAUUAGUAAAUUUGUCUGAAAGACCAAUUUAGGUCUUUCAGCCUUUUAGUAGAUAUCUCCCUAAUACCGUAGGAAUUAGGGAGUUAUCAACUUAUUCAUUCCUGUCAUUAUACUGACUGGCUAAGUAACUUACAUUUUAUAUGAAUGUGUGUUACUUGAUUGUUGCAAGUGUUGCAAAUGAAUCCUGGCUAUGUUUGUAUACUUUUUAUUAAAAAUUGUAUUCAGUGUACCAUUCUUCAUUCUUUCACUGGGUAAGUUUAUUAGUUCUUAGGCAAUACUGUACUUCUGCACUUCGGAACUUCGGCAACUUCGGAACUUCUCCACUUCAGCACUUCGGAACUUCGGAAAUUCGGUAAUUUGGGAAUUUCGGGACUUCAACCAUUCGGCAAUUCGGCAAUUCAUCUUUUCGGACACUUGGAAGUACCCGAAUGUCCAAAUUGCCUGAAAUUCGUCCGAAUUCACAUUCGGACCGAAACGAAUUGUCUAUUUCUCAGUAUAAACAGAGAUUACUCUGCAAUACCAUCACCGACCCGUAGGGGUUGCUGUGUGUGUGUGGAGAGAGGCAGGGAUAGGAAGUUACAGCAUAUACCUGCAUCUCUCUAUUCACUGAUCUGUGGGGGAGCAGCUACACAGCACAGAGAGUGCAGACAGCAGCACAGGAAAGUGAGGGAUGGGGUAGAGGCUGCAGGGAGGCAUUGGGAUUCUGGGACACUAGGGGACACUGUGAGACAUGGGGACACAGAGAGAUCCCUGGGGAUGCUGAGACAUUUGGGGACACUUGGAGACACAGUGACACAGACACACAUGGGACACUUGGGGACACUGAGACAUGGGGACACAGACACUAGGGGGUGCUGGGAGACAUGGGGACACAGACACUUGGGGACACAUACACACAUGGGGACACUGAGACAUGGGGAAACAGACACACUUGGGGACGCUACAGUCUCGGCACCAUGUCUGUCGAGGCCCCUUCGCCAGUGUCCAGGAAGAAGUAGGAGAAUGAGAAGGAAGAUCAGUCCUCUCCCAGCGCCAUAUUGGCCCAUGCGGCCUGUUGGGCUCAGUGGAGAAGAUCUCCAAUAGCUCUGCUAGUGGGACCCUUGUCAGCUUUUGCGUUUUUGGAUUUGUGGCCCAUGGUACCCUAUUAGUGUAAGUAAGGGUGUUCUGGCCCAGAUUUUGCAGAAAAAUUGCUCGUUUUAGGUAUCAGGAGCAGGAGCUAUAAGAAGUGAGACUGCUCUGGUCUUCUGGAUACUGACAACUAAUAAAGAUGGCUUUCGAAAGUCACUGUAGAUCCCAUUCGGGUGGGACAGGUUGAUGGAUAAAUUAUCUAUAUUGGUGGCUUUAUCCCAGGCAGAUAUCUUUUCUCUUUACAUGACCAAUCUUCCUACCCCUUUUUAAACUUUUUCACCUAAUUAUUGUUAUAGUUUAAAAGCCUUGUGAACUUCUGCACUACGGUUCUCUUCUCUAAAGAACGUAAUGUUGGUUUUCUUGACUAUUUUUCUCCACUUUCUUUUAUUGAGAGACUGUGUCUAUGAGUCUCAUUAUUCAAUUUAUUUUGGGCCUCAUUUUGUUAAUGCUUCUGAACAUGUCUAAAUGCAAAAAAUAAAUUCACAAAAAAAUUUAUAUGCCUUUAACUCAUGACGGACAUAAAUAAAUCUAUUUCCAUGCAUUCCUUGCAUUGGGCAAAUAGCUUCAUUCAUGUAAAAUUUGUCAUUUUCAUACAUUGUCAAAUUUCAAAGGUUUCAUAUUAUGCACUGCUUGUGAAAUUUGUGUAUUGCCAAACAUAUGUACCUGUGUCUUUUAUAGGGUUAAGAACUGUACUAUUUGUGGGAGUUGUUUCCGGUUUGCAUACUUGCAUUUCAGUGUAUAAAGCUGAUAUUUCCGCAAAGCUAAUGUUAUUAUAGUUAACACACAAGUUCUAAGUUUGCUAUUUUUGCACUCAUAUCUGUGAAAUCUGUUAUUUUUGGUCCCAUGCAAUUCUUUCCUUACUUCAGUCUAUCAAGUUGUUAUUUCCUUGUAUUACAUUACCUUCUCUCACUUAUUUAGCUUUUGUUAACCUUCUCUAAGAAUAACUAAAAAGAAGCAUGACUGCUGACCAGUCCCCAACCCCCGUUGCCCCCAACAAAAACACAUGAGAUCAGCAUUAUGGGUAAGGGCAACGGCAACAGCUUAUUAAGUUUACAACUGUUUAACGGACCAGCAUUCCAUCCAACUGUGAGCUGUUGGGUAAUUUUCCCAACAGACAGAUCCCACUUAAUUGUCCGGAGUUCGUAACAGCCUGCCUACCACCAUCAGCCCUCGGCAGGAUGCGACUCCCCAAGCCGACUCAUUGUUCACUUCACUUUCCAUUUCGCUGGCCAGGAGCACUGCCACCAUGAUGUCAACCGAGAUUGGCCCCAUCGGUCAGCAUUGCGCCCCCCGCCGCCAGUGCCACCUCCACCUCCACCUCCUCCAGACCAAUCCCCAUCAGAUGGACUUCAUCUCUCCUCUUUAAGUCCACAUUGUUGUCCUCCAGGUCCACGUGACAAACCACUAUGUCACCCAGCUGUCGCACAAACCUAGAAACCAUCAUGUUUAACUUUUGCCCCCCAAUGCUCAAGACCCUGAGCAUGCGGCAAAGCCCGCCAACAAGGGCGUGGAACAAUUUCGACCAGAUGAGCAUGAGAUCCUGAAACAGAGCCACACAGUGGGCCAGAUCCUGCUUGGUCAAAUGAAUGUGAUCUACAGUCUCAUCCGGCCCAAAUCGUUCCCCCCCACAUGCACCACCAAAAUUACCGACCCCGACACAAACCUCCUCAGCUCGACACAUUCGUCAUAAAACUGCCCCCAUGAUAGCCCCAUAAUACCACUGAACCCUGGCCACUUCAUCCAGAAAGCCCAAGUUCCUGCCGUAGGACCUCACCUCCGCUCUGCGAGCUGCCCAGUAAACAUAUGAGUGGCCCAGGUCCACACAUAACGAGGGGGACCUACAAGAGAGAAAAGUUACAACAAAUGCUAGCCGAAGAUACAGCCGAAAACGACCUGAGUCCCAUCUGCCCAAACGUUUAAUAGAAGCCGCUGAAUAACCUAAGAUGCCUGCCUGCGUGGUGGCCCCAAUUCAAAAGGAUUGAGCAGAAUACCCAGCGGCGUCCACUCUGCAAGCUCGCAAUGCCAACUUGAGCAAUGAGGAGAACUGGUAUCGCGUCAACGGAGACCCGUCCCGAUGCACCAACAGGGACACUGCCGGCCCCGGCCUCACUUCCAAAUAGGUCCAGACCAACUGAACCAGACAAAAGGGGCUCCCAGUGGCCCCAAUUUGAACCCACACACCCGGACACCGAUGGUCGGUCUUGGAUCAACGCACCUGAAGAUCCGACGAUGAUUCGGACCGCCGAACAUCUAACAGCAACAUGGGAGAUACUGACCGCAAGUUGGGCACCACCAAUUCAGUCACUCGGAACACUCCAAAAAAACAAAGAGCAAAUGCAACCAACAACAACACCUCAAACUCCAAAGCACACACCUGCAGAAGUAUCGAUAAGAGGAUAAGAGCUGCCACAGCAAGUCCACCAAAAUUGGUCUCCGACGAUCCGUACCUUUCCUAUGCCUCCAACCUUUUAACACCCUCUAGACACUAAGCUCUUCCGUGAGAUCCCUCCAGCCUAAAAAGCCCCCCCCAAAAAAAGACAAGGCUGACAUCGCUAGUUCCGCAGAUGCACACGACUUACCCUGAGACUGUAAUGGAGACAGGAACAGCACCAUAAUUUCGAACCUCCCUGACUCGGUAGCGCUGCUCCGCUCCCCGUCGACAAAGGACAGCCACUGCGACCACACCAACCGAUAUGCCCUCCACGACGCUGAAGACAAAGACUCGGCCACGAGAUCCCUCAGGCCUCCAAAGUGAGGUCCCAUAAAGUUGCAGGACAAAUCCGUCCCACUUGGUCUGCUUCUGGUGCUGCCUCUUGAAAACGGUUCCUUGUGAAAAACCACGACGUGCCCCUGCAGGUCGUCGCCCCACAGCUCUAACAACACCAUGAUCAGAAAAGGCUCUAAAAAGGUAAGGUUGUGAAUCAGAAUCAGAUCCUUCCAACCCGACGGCCAAGCCUCCGCGCACCAGUGACCCUGAAAAAAUGGCUAGAUAUCAGCUUACGGGCAGUGCUCUCUCUACCUCUUGUAUUUGUCUGUGUAUAUUGUACGUUUCUCCACUAAUUGUACAGCGCUGCGGAAUCUGUUGGCGCUUUAUAAAUAUCAGUAAUAAAUAAAUAAAAUAAAUAAUAAAUAUACCCCCUCUGGAUAUUGCCUAUAUUUUCCGCCAGUGGCGGAACUACUGCGGUUGCAGGGGUCGCUGCUGCUACUGGACCCGUCACUCCAGAUGGCCCGGCCACCCUUUGGACCCCUGUGGCCGCGGUGCCUGCCACCAUGUGUUGUGACCCCGGCCCGCAUGGUAGAACUGCUGGGGCCACAUUGAAGGGGUCCAUCGGGUGAAGACAUCAGACACUUGGGAGGAAGUGACUGCCCUGGUCACUUCCUCCCAGCAAUCACUGGGAGCUGCAUGGGAGGAAGAGGAGGGAGUCAGGGUGGGAACUCUGACUCCCACCAGCCUGAGCCACCACUGGAUCCCAAGGAAGUCACUCUCCUGCAUCUAAAAGGUAGGAGACAGGAGGGUGACUAAAACAUUUUGUAUGUGUGUCUGUAUGAAUGUGUGUGUCUGUAUGUAUGUGUGUGUGUGUAGGUCUGUCUGUAUAUGUGUGUGUGUAAACUGCCCCUUGAGAAUAUUUUGCAACCACGGACUAUAUUGAUAACUAGACCUAUUAAUAUAACAAUUGACGUCGACUAUUUUAAAAAACUUUUUGGUUUUAAUAGAUUUUCUAUAUAUAUAUACUUCCAGGUCUAAAAAAGUUUAAUUUUUUUUUAACGAUUAUAUUCACUCUUUAGUUUGAUGUCAAUAUGAUUGUGAUUCAAAUACUCAAAAAAACUAUUCAGAGAUCUUUAUCUCCCUGCCAAAUGAAAAAAAUAUCAUCAAUGAUUCUGCGAUAGAGAAGCAGAUUCUGCGCCCAGCCAGCACCUUGGGCCAAAAAUGAUUGGCAUAUGAUUUAACCCCAAAGUUACCUCCAACAGUGAUGAUCACUCCCCUCCUGUGGCAUCCAGCUUCUAAAAUUUCACAUUCAGGAAAGCCAGAUGUCUGCUGAGCAGGGGCGUCGCUAAUUGGUCAGGUGAUGCUCUCAGCCGAUCAGUGGCUCACAAUUCAUAAAACUGUCUUGGAAAGAAACGUACCUUUUCUAAGCCAGUUUGGUGAAUCUCAGCCAAUCAGUGGCUCCCCUGCCCAACAGCACUCUGCGCUUCCUGAAAGUGAAAGUUCAGAAGCUGGAUGCCAUCUGGGGGGUAGGGGGUGAAGAAACUUUGGUUUUAAAACCAUUUGAGAUCGGUUUAAACCUUUGAUGUUAGAGUGCCUCGAGGGGCCUCCUGGCACUGUAACAACUUUCACAUACUUACAGAUUGUAGCGUACAUACCGCGGUCGCAGCUGCGACCAGGGCUGUCACUCCAGGGGGCCCGGCCGCCCUGAGGACCCCUGCGACCAGGACCGCCGUUCAGGGGGCCCAUUGGGUAGCCCAUGCUGAUAGGUUCACCUGAUGGAGAUGGAUUUCUAGGGGGCCCGGUCAGCGCUUUUAAAGCGCCCAGCGUGACCCGGCACCCUGUGAUGACAUCAGACAGAGCUGGGAGGAAGUGACUGCCCCGGUGGGAACUCUGACUCCCAUCAGGCUGAGCCCCCACUGGACCCCAGGGAAAGUCACAAAAGGUAGGAAACAGGAAACAUUUUGUAUAUGUAUGUGUCUGUAUGUGUCUGUGUCUCUGUAUGUAUGUGGCUGCAUGUGUGUGUCUCCGUAUGUAUGUGUACGUGUGUAUGUGUCUAUGUGUGUGUGUCUCUGUAUGUAUGUGUGUGUAUGUAUGUAUGUGUCUGCGUGUAUGUCUGUCGGGGGUGAGUGUAUGUGUUUGUCUGUAUGUCUGUGUGUCUCUGUGUGUAUGUGUGUAUGUAUGUGUCUGUGUGUAUGUCUGUCGGGGUGUGUGUGUGUGUCUGUCUGUAUGUAUGUGUGUCUGUCUGUCUGUAUGUGUCUGUGUGUAUGUUUAUGUGUGUGUCUGUAUGUAUGUGUGUAUGUAUGUGUCUGUCGGAGGUGUAUGUGUGUGUGUGUGUCUGUCUAUAUGUAUCUGUAUGUGUGUGUGUGUGUGUGUGUAUAUCUCUGUAUGUGUGUAUGUUUCUUUGUGUCUGUAUGUAUGUCUGUAUGUAUGUGUCGGGGAGGGGGGAGAGAGGGGAAAGGGAGGUCGAUGGGGGCCCAUGGAUCAGUUUCGCACCGGGGCCCCAUGGAUUGUGUGUACGCCACUGCUUACAGAGUUGUUUCAGUAAUUAUGUAAAAUAUCUUUGUAAUUACAUAAGGUCAAACAUAGAAUUCAGUUGUUCUUACUUAAUCUAACAACAAUCUAUUAGCCUGAAUGUUUUUUUGUUUUUUUUCGCUGAAUCUUUCAUGUGGGGGUCUAUAAUGAAAAUACCCCAGUACUCUGUAUUUGUGUGAAAUCUUUGUAUUUAUGUGAGAUCUAACGUAAACCUCCUUUAUCUUACCUGAUCUAACAAAGAUCUGUAAGUAUAAAAAAAAUGUUUCCCCUGAAUCUUUCAUUAAAUAUCUCUGUAAUUAUGUGAGCUCUAAUGAAACAGCUAGCUGACCAUAACUGACCUUACAAAUAUCUACCAAAAUAGCUAGCUGUUUGUCCAAAUUUUUGUUAAUGGGGUACUGAUGAUGGGUUAGCUCUCCCAGCAAAUAAUUAUUAAUAUUGAUUCUUCAACAUUAGAUCUAACACAAACAUCAAUUGAUCUAACAUGAUCUAAGAAUGACCUAAUGAUUUGCACAUAGUAUAAUUUAACAUUUAGUUUUUUAGGGCGCUUGCCUGUGGUCAGAAUACAUAAUAAAAAAGUGUUAUCAGCUGAAUGAAUUUAGAGGGGCACUAGGCACAACUGCUACAGUGCAUUGUAGUGGUUAUAGUGCUUGGAGAGUGGGCUGCCAUCAGAAAUUUUGGGGUCCCUGACACAGCUCAAGGUCUGGGCCCCCAGGGGCCUGCCCCCGAGUCCGCCCACAGGGACGCCCUGAGUCCGCCCACAGGGCUGCCUAUGAGUCCGCCCACAGUGCUGCCCCCAGAGUCCACCCACAGGGCCGCCUCCGAGCCCGCCCACGGGGAUGCAGUGUGUGUACUGAUUGUGGUGUGUGUAUAGUGGAUGUAGAAUGUGUGUAAUAGAUGCAGAUUGUACAUUUGUGUAAUGUAUGUGUGUUUGUGUAGUGGAUGUAGUGUGUGUAUAGUGAAUGCAAAGUGUGUGUGUGUGUGUGUGUGUAUGUUUGUGUGUAUUAGAUGCAGUAUAUAUAGAGCAUGCAGAGUGUGUGUGUUUGUGUAGUGGAUGUAGUGUUUGUGUGUAUUAGAUGCGGUGUGUAUAGUGAAUGCAGAAUGUGUGUGUUUGUGUAGUGGAUGUAGUGUUUGUGUGUAUUAGAUGAAGUGUGUAUAGUGAAUGCAGAGUGUGUGUUUGUGUAGUUGAUGUAUUGUGUGUAUAGUGAAUGCAGAGUGUGCAUAGUGAAGGCUGUGUGUAUUAGAUGCAGUGUGUAUAGUGAAUGUGGAGUGUGUGUUUGUGUAGUGCAUGCAGUGUGUGUAUAGUAGAUGUAGUGUGUGUCUGUGCAGGCAUGUAAACUGUGUAAAAUGGGGGAGGGCUUUUUUAUUUUAUUAAUAUUUUUUUUUUAAAUAUUUUAUUUAUUAACAUUUUAUUUUAUUCCCCCCUCCCUGCUUCUUACCUGCCAAGGAGGAGGGAUAUCGCAUUCUCUGGUGGUCCGGUGGCUUGCUGCUCUGAGCCAGCCGCUUGACUUUGCGGGGGCAGGUGUAAACACUGCCUUUUCAGAGAAACAUGCUGCCUAAGGACACCUCAAGUAGCAGUCACUCAGACGGCCACUAGUGGUGCUUCCUGGGUCAGUGCUGCACAACAACAGUGCAAUGGAGUCGCUAAUCUUUCCACAGAGAAAGUUUGAUGAUCUUAGCCAAGGGGGCGGAGCAUGGACGGGGCCACCUGUGAGCUGUCCUGCAAUGCUGCUACAGCAAAUAAUGUGAGCAGCUGUAUGGGACCUGAUCAAUAUCAUGCUUCCCAACAGUCAUGCUUUUGGUGGGGCAGUCCAAAUUUAGGUGUCCUGUCCCACUGUCCCGCUUUAGUUCCCUGGUGUAUUCAGAUGGGGCAGCACAGCAGGGGCGCAUCAUUAGACACGCGCAAGCUAUGUAGCAGGCUCUAGGACUCUGUAAAGAAUACUGCAUGGUCCUGUUAGUAAGGGGCUGGCCACAUGGUUUGUCACGCCCCACAUGGAAAAUGGGCAGGUCCGUCCAUUGCAGGCUUUACUGGUGAUGCGAGUCAAAACACACCCGCUGCUCCUCUCAAGACCGCUCACAGCCCCUGACCCUGCCAAUGUUGACAGGUAUGGAAUAUGAUGUGUUUGUUCUGACUGAUAGAGGCUCAUUUCAUCGUGACAUAUAUAUUGCUCCAGAUCCAGAUGUUAAGUUUCACUGGACUACACAGUCGCUAUAUUUUUAGCAGACUAGUUAAACUUUUUGAAAUCAUUUUCACAAAUAUGUUGGCCUCAAAGGAAUAAUUAGCUAUAUUUCAACAGAAAAAUGAUCCUGACUAAAUAUGGGGGCGGGUUUGUAGCCCUCCCACCCCGCCUAAACACAUUAGAGAAAGUCAUUUAACAUAAGAUACUUUAAAUAAAAAAUGUAAAAAAAUAGAUGUGCAUUUAAUUCUCUCUCCAAUUGAAGACUUUUCCACAGAUAUCGAGACCUGGCACCGCAGCUCGUUCCUGAUGAUUACACAAGUAAACCAGAUGUGCGGAUUCCUUAUGAACUUAUCGGCAGUAUGCCAGAACUCAAGGUGAAACACGAAAGAAGCAUUAACUGCAAAGGUUGCCAGAUGUCACUCUAAUGCCAUGCUUCAUCAAUUAUUCAUUAUGUGCUAAUUGGCGGGACUCAGGGAGAUAAUUGAAAGCUAACAUAAUACAGAGUAAAGUCAAAGUCCUUCUUUAAGUCACUCUACCAUCUCAGUUACUUAGUUUUCACUAAUCUGCUCCCUGACUCACCUGUUGCACUAACAGUGAACCCAAAAUAAUAAGGGGUUUGCCUACUAAACUGUGUUUUCUGGUGAAUUCCAUUGCAGAACUCAAGCCACAAUAGUGAAAUUAGAAACAAUCUCAUGACUGGUUGUCAUGCUCUAGAAACUGGACUAAAUGUGAUCUUCCAUUGUUAUACCAGGGUUAUUUACUAAGGUGGGAAUUGUCAGAGAAUUUUAAACUUAAGGUGAAAUAAUCAAACUAGAGAAGUUCUCCAAAUCAACUAUCUGCUGUUAUUGAUCAUCUAUUGUGACCCUAUUUUUAAACCCAUGGAAACUGAGUGCUUCCAUCUUGGCUCACUGUCAGUUAUCAUUAUAAUUUUUUUGCCAUAAACAUAGUUACUGUAAGAGUUGAAACAGAAACAAUUGUUUCUGUUUUUUUAUUCUGUCGUAUUGUAUGCCCUGGAUUGUGCCUAGAUUGAAGUGCAUCGUCACUUAUUAAGUCUUUUAAUAUACAUUUGAAAGAAAAUUAUUUCUGAAUUUAGAAAAGGCAAAUAUGUGUUAUAGGUGGUUUUCAAUAUUUCAUUAAAUUAUGAAUUUUUAGAGAGUUGAAAAUUUCCCUUUAAGUGAAAAAAAGAAUUGAUUUUUUUGUAGGACAACCCUUUCCGCCAGCGUAUAGCUGAGGUUUUUUCAGAAGACGGUGAGGGAAACAUGACGUUGGAUGACUUCUUAGAUAUGUUUUCAGUGCUCAGUGAAAUGGCGCCCAGAGACCUAAAGGCAUAUUAUGCUUUUAAAAUAUAUGGUAAGCGAAUGCCUUGACAUUGUUUGUAUUUGGAUAGAACAUUAACUCGUAGGGCAUGUAGUGUUGCAGAAAACAAAGGAGCUAGAAGGAAUAUAGGACUAUCAGGGUUAUGUACUAAUGUGCGAAUUGCCAAGGUCAAUUCAAAGUGAACUUAAAAUUUAAAGCCAAAAUAGCCCAACUGCAAACAAAAUUGACCUGAAUGAGCUAUUGUGGCCUAAGGGCAUGUCAUGUCUUCAUGAAUGGCAAACAUGCUUCCUCAAUGUUAGUAUAAUUAGUUUGACGUCUCUUCAGAGCAUCCCAGGUGCAGAGCCUUGCUGACGUCCUCUUGCAUGGGGAAAAUGCACUGUGUUAUGACAUGAUUGAGCUGAAUUUACUGGUGAAUUGUCUCCGGUGGCCCCAUAAGUGGGAAACCAGAGGACAAAAUUGUGAAAGGGCUUAUAAAUGGUGUUUUGCAUGUAUAUGAAGUUUGGAGACUGCUUUAUGGGAUUGCGUGUGUGUAGAGGGGACUGUUUGUGGUGUAAGGGGGGGAUGUGAAGGGGUAUGUUUAUUGUGUAUUACUUGUUGUUAGGGGCUGUAGAUUGUAUUUGUAUCUCUGGCUGUUAAUUAUGUGUGUCCAGGCUCUGCAGAGUGUGUGGGUCUAGGGGAUGUAGGACUUACCCAUGGGAUGUAGUGGAGGUGUCUAUCUAGGGGUUGUAUAUAGAGUGUGUAUAUUAGGACUGUAUAUCUAGAGUGCAGUGUGCAGUGUGUCUACAGAGUGCUCUGUGUAUAUAGGGGCUAUAGAGUGUGCGUGUAUUGAGGGUUGUAGAGUGCGUGUAUUGACUACAGUGUGUGUUAGCAUAGGGAAAGUCGUGUUGUUUUUGUGUGAUUGUGUGUGUGUGUGUGUGCAUGCGUGUAUAGCAACUGUAGUGUAUGGGGAAAUAGGACAGGGGCUUUAAAGUGGGAUAGGAGCUUCAGGGUUUAAAACAGCAAGGAAUUAAAUAAUAAAUUGCUUAAAAAAGAAGACAGAGAGACACAUUUAUUCCCCCCUCUUUUUCAUUACAUGUGGCCAAAGAAGGGGAACAUGUAGAUUUCUUAACUUUUAGAACAUUCGCACUGCUUUUCUCCCAGUGAUGCUCUUACAUGGUUCCCAGUUUGUACACCUAAAAAUAAUUUGAGGUCUUCUAGUCACUGUGUCUGACAUGUUUCCCACCAUACUAGCCUUGAGCUUAUCCCAUACAUUAUUUACUUGUUUCCUAAUGUAGUGACGUUAUUUUUCAUCCAGAUUUCAAUAAUGAUGACUACAUAUGUAAAUCAGACUUGGAAAAGACACUUAAUAAGCUUACCAGGAACGAACUAACUCCAGAAGAAGUGUGUCUAGUGUGUGACAAGGUGAUUGAUGAGGCUGAUGUUGACAAUGAUGGAAAAUUAUCUUUGGAAGAUUUCCAGCAUAUGAUUGUCAGAGCUCCGGAUUUUCUCAGGUAGGUGUUUUUUUCCAGGUAGAGAAAAAGAUAUAUGAUGGCUGUGCCGAAAGUCCAGUAAAGUGUUAUAACGUGUUUUUUUCCAAGCUGAUGUCUAUUAAAAGAGAGAGUAAAGAAUUGUAAGUGAAAGUGUAAUUUACAGAAUAUUUUGCGGUGCCAAUUGGCGAUGGCCACUCACAUGGAUUUUCUUUUCUUCUUCUGAAAACUUUUUUUCUGGGGUAUUCCUGAAGCUUUCAUUGAGUAAAAACUUUACUUUAGAAAGUGUAUAUUUUGUAUCUCUGAAAAAGAUAAACAUUCUGCCCUGCAUAGGUAUUUUGGAAUUUUUUUGUUGAAAAUACCUCACAACACAGAAGAGGAGAUGUUGUAAAAUUACUCUGGAAACAUGAUGACUUAGCACGCAAAGUGUUUUGGGUCUUCCUUCUUCCUUGUCUUAAUUUGUUUUUGUUGAACAAGUUUGCUUGCUUAGCAGAUUCCAUUUUUUGAACACACUGUUCCUGUACACUUUCCCCUAAUGUGUCAAGCAGACCAAAGAUUACAUUGUCUAAUGUCUAUAAACACUUGAAAAAUUGCUUGCGUCAAACGUAAUAAUUUUGAUACAUUUUGUAUAAUACUACACACAAUUUUUUCCCAAAGUUAAAAACGUACCUCAUCUACAUCUCAGCUUGUGUUAUAUGAGUAUACAGCAGUGGGGUAUAUAUCCUGACCAUUUCACCAACAAAUACAUUCUAAAUACAUACACAUUAAUAUGUAGUUGGCACCCACAUUUGCAGCUAUAACAGCUUCCACUCUUCUGGGAAGGCUUUCCACAAGAUUUUGGAGUGAUUCUGUGGGGUUGCUUGCCCAUUCAUCCAAUAGAGGAUUUGUAAAGUUAGGCAAUGAUGUUGGACGAGAAGCCUGGCUCGCCAUCUCUGUUUCAGCAGAAUACUCUGGGGCCCCAGCAGAACAAAAUGUGUUUGAUGUAGUUGAGGCCAAGACUGGGUGCGGGCUAGUCAAGUUCUUCCACACCAGACAUCCAACCAUGUCUUUAUGGACCUUGCUUUGUGCACUGGGAACAGUGAUGCUGUUCCCACAAAGUUGGAAGAAUAGCAUUCUUCAAGCUGUCUUGGUAUGCUGAAGCAUUAAGAUUUCCCUUCACUGGAAUCAAGGGGUAUAGCCCUACCCCUGAAAAUCGGCCUCAUACCAUUAUCCCUCCUCCACCAAACUUUACGGUUGGCUGUCAAGCAAGUAACAUUCUCUUGGCAUCCUCCAAACCCAGACUCACCCAUCAGAUUGCCAAGCAGAGAAGCAUGAUUUGUCACUACUUAAAACAUGUUUCCACUGUUUCAGAGUGCUUUCCACCACUCGAUCCAAUGCUUGGCAAUGUACUUGGUUAUGUGAGGCUUACAGGUGAAUGGUUAGAGUUAGGACCCACCUAUGGGGGUCUGCCUUGACAUUGGCAGGUGGGCUCAUCCUCUCAUGGCCAUUGGAGGUAACUAAAAAACCUCCAUUUGUUUAAAAAUACAUAGGGAUUAAGGAGAGAGCGCAGGUAACUUGUUUUUCUUUGGUUAUACCAUAACAAUAUGCCAACGUGUCUUAUUGAAAGCUUGCUUUGCUGUUGUGGGUUUGCAAGCCUAUGUAUUCUCUAUUGCACAAAAGAAAUAAAGAUUCACCAAGAAAAACCCCAAACAUACCUAGCCAAAAUCCGAGAUGCAGACGACCAAGUUUAUUAUCUACCUGCACCAUUACUACUCCCUCACCACACCUGCAUCAGGCACCCAUCUCCCCUACAUUCAUUACUAUUUAAGUACUUUUUUCAGUAUAAAAAAGCAGUGCUCCCCAACCCUGCUCAGUGAAGAGCAAGGAUAGAGAGCUACAGACCCAUCUCCCUUCUCAACUGUGAUAUAAAGCUCUAUGCUAAAUUCCUCACAGCCCAGCUUAAAUCCUGAAACCCCACCAGAGAGGUGAGGGACAACACAAUCAGAGCUCUCUCUCAUGCAUCAAGCCAAUACACAAUGAGUGGCCUUCUUUUUGUUUGCCACAUUGAGAGAGACUGGGCUAGGCCCAAACACGUAUGCCUGGAUAUGAACUCUCUAUACCACACCUUUGGCUCGGGUCUGCAUAACCCUACUGGACCCCUUUGCUAUCCACAAUGGAACAAGGCAGGGCUGCCCCUCUCACCACUUCUCUUCGUCCUUGCCCUUGAUCCCUUCCUGCAAGCCAUAAAGGGAUAAUCCUGACAUCACCUUCCGUUUGUCAUCAUGAACCCUGAAACCACCCUGCCAUCUAAGCCUCUCCCCCCUUUUUUUCCCUCUCUCUUUCACUUGGCCAAAGGGCAUGGCCUAAAAAGUCUUGCAAACAACCCCAAUCCAAUCGAAUCAGAUGUUUCAGAAAAGAAUUGAUCAACGGCACAACACUCGAUUUAACAGUGUUUGUAACAUAUAUUGUAUGAUUUUUAUUUAAACCUAGUUUGUUGCAAACCUACUGUAUGCCAUUGAAAACUCGCAAUAAAGAAGUUAUUGAAAAAUAAAUAAUAAUAAAAAUGAUUAUUAAUGGACUUUUGAUAUAAGAGUUUUCACCUUUUUUUUUUUACCAGCACUUUCCAUAUUCGAAUUUAACUUCAAUCAAUAAUCUUGAAAUGGGUUUUGAAAAGAGUGGAUCUUGUUUCCAUGAAAUGCACAUCUUCAGUCAUCUUGUUUCCAUGAAAUGCACAACUCCAAUUGCAUUCAUAUCUCCAAAUAUAUUUUCUAAAGUAUUGUUCUUGCAAUGAUAAUGUCUACUUGUACAGCACUCCCCCAUCCA